CAUCGCUGCCUCUGCCGCCACUCUCCGGUGUCCCCCCCACCGCCCCCAGCCUCUUUCGCUAAAGACCCCGUGAUGUCACAGGGCAGGCGGGGGUCGGAGCCCCUAGCACCUGAGAGCGUCGCUGCAUCGCGUUCUGCAGCAUUCUCUCUUCUUCAUGCCACCCACUUUUCCUUGCGGUCCAUUGAAAACACACUCCCACCAAACACUGCUCACCCGGCUGCCCCCGCCCCGGCCAGAAGACACCACUCCUUCACAGCGCGCGCACCCCCAGCCCCCUCCCAGAUUAGGGAGAAAUCAGCCGGAUGCCUAAGGAGCCUCUCCUCUCUGUUUUCAAUCCUCCUCCCCUCUCAGCGUACCCUCCUAGUUGAAGGAAAAAGAGGAAGGAGGAAGGGGGAGGGAGAGAGGGAGAGGGGGAACCUGGGCGCACAGGCUCCUAGACGUGGGGCUGCACCGGUGGAACCGACCGGGAUUUCUGCGCGGAGUCCCUGCCUCCCCUGCCUUUCCUGCCACCGCAAGUCCCUUCUCCUCUUUAGGCAGCAUUUUUUUCCACCUCCCUCUCUGGUCUCUUCUCCCCACCCCUUUUGUCGCUGCCACCUAACCCCACCUUCACUCUCCUCUCCGAGGGGGGAGGGCCGGGGGUGGGGAAAGAAAACCCCCAAAUCCCAGCCCCGGGCAGAGAUGUCGAAGAAACGCAAAGCCCUGGAGGGUGGAGGAGGUGGCGGCUCCCGGCUCCCAGAGGAGGAACCCACUGCCUGGUUUGGGGACGGCAGCGAGGAGCAAGCCAGCUGCCUCCCCUUCCCACGGCAAGGUGGCGGCAGAGCACGGGCGCUGCUGGCUCUGCAGAGGACAGACCCCCGGGAGCAGACGAGCGGUGACCCGGCGGAAGGCACCCCGGACGGCGGCAACGCGGCAGGUUUGACAGAUGAAAAAGUGAAGGCCUAUCUUUCUCUUCACCCCCAGGUAUUAGAUGAAUUUGUAUAUGAAAGUGUUAGUACAGAGACUAUAGAAAAAUGGCUGAAGAGGAAAAACAACAAACUAGAAGAUGAAUCAGCUCCUAAGGAAGUCAGCAGGUACCAAGAUACGAAUAUGCAGGGAGUUGUAUAUGAACUAAACAGCUAUAUAGAGCAACGGUUGGAUACGGGAGGAGACAACCAACUACUCCUCUAUGAAUUGAGUAGCAUCAUUAAAAUAGCCACAAACGCUGAUGGAUUUGCACUGUAUUUCCUUGGAGAGUGCAAUAAUAGCCUAUGUGUGUUCACACCACCUGGAAUCAAGGAAGGAAAGCCCAGGCUCAUCCCCGCUGGGCCCAUCACCCAAGGCACCACCAUCUCCGCGUACGUGGCCAAGUCCAGGAAGACGCUGCUAGUAGAAGACAUCCUUGGGGAUGAACGAUUUCCAAGAGGUAUUGGAGUAGAGUUAGGGACUCGUAUCCAAUCUGUCCUUUGCUUACCAAUUGUCACUGCAAUUGGCGAUUUGAUUGGCAUUCUCGAGCUGUAUCGGUACUGGGGUAAAGAGGCCUUCUGUCUCAGUCAUCAGGAGGUUGCAACAGCAAAUCUUGCCUGGGCUUCAGUAGCAAUACAUCAGGUACAGGUAUGCAGAGGCCUUGCCAAACAGACAGAAUUGAAUGACUUUCUUCUGGAUGUAUCAAAAACAUAUUUUGAUAACAUAGUUGCAAUAGAUUCUCUACUUGAACACAUAAUGAUAUAUGCAAAAAACCUGGUGAAUGCCGAUCGUUGUGCACUUUUCCAGGUAGACCACAAGAACAAAGAGUUAUAUUCAGACCUUUUUGAUAUUGGAGAGGAAAAGGAAGGAAAACCUGUCUUCAAGAAGACCAAAGAGAUAAGAUUUUCAAUUGAGAAAGGAAUCGCUGGCCAAGUAGCAAGAACAGGGGAAGUCCUGAAUAUUCCAGACGCCUACGCUGAUCCACGCUUCAACAGAGAAGUAGACUUGUACACAGGCUAUACCACCCGGAAUAUCCUGUGCAUGCCCAUCGUGAGCCGAGGAAGCGUGAUAGGUGUGGUGCAGAUGGUGAACAAAAUCAGUGGCAGUGCCUUCUCUAAAACAGAUGAAAACAACUUCAAAAUGUUUGCUGUCUUUUGUGCGUUAGCCUUACACUGUGCUAAUAUGUACCAUAGAAUUCGUCACUCAGAGUGCAUUUACCGGGUCACCAUGGAAAAGCUGUCGUAUCACAGCAUCUGUACUGCGGAGGAGUGGCAAGGGCUGAUGCGCUUCACCCUCCCCGUGCGUCUCUGCAAAGAGAUUGAAUUAUUCCACUUUGACAUUGGUCCUUUUGAAAACAUGUGGCCUGGAAUUUUUGUGUACAUGAUUCAUCGGUCCUGUGGGACAUCCUGCUUUGACCUUGAAAAGUUGUGUCGUUUUAUCAUGUCUGUGAAGAAGAACUAUCGCCGAGUUCCAUAUCACAACUGGAAACAUGCGGUCACUGUGGCACACUGCAUGUAUGCCAUACUCCAGACCAAUCAUACCCUCUUCACAGACCUGGAGCGCAAAGGACUGCUAAUCGCCUGUCUGUGUCAUGACCUGGACCACAGGGGCUUCAGCAACAGCUACCUGCAGAAGUUCGACCACCCGCUGGCGGCGCUCUACUCCACCUCCACCAUGGAGCAGCACCACUUCUCCCAGACCGUGUCCAUCCUGCAGUUGGAAGGGCACAAUAUCUUCUCCACCCUGAGCUCCAGUGAAUAUGAACAGGUGCUUGAGAUCAUCCGCAAAGCCAUCAUUGCCACGGACCUUGCUUUGUACUUUGGAAACAGGAAACAGCUGGAAGAGAUGUGCCAGUCCGGAUUGCUAAACCUUAAUAAUCAAUCACAUAGAGACCGUGUAAUUGGUUUGAUGAUGACUGCCUGUGAUCUAUGUUCUGUGACAAAACUGUGGCCAGUUACAAAAUUGACAGCAAAUGAUAUAUACGCAGAAUUCUGGGCUGAGGGCGAUGAAAUGAAGAAACUGGGAAUACAGCCCAUCCCUAUGAUGGACAGGGACAAGAAGGAUGAAGUCCCACAAGGCCAGCUUGGAUUCUACAAUGCUGUCGCCAUUCCCUGCUACACCACCCUGACCCAGAUCCUGCCCCACACGGAGCCUCUCCUCAAAGCAUGCAGGGACAAUCUCAACCAGUGGGAGAAGGUGAUUCGAGGGGAGGAGAGCGCGACGUGGAUCUCAUCCCCACCCGCCCACGCCCCAGGGCCCUCCAAGAAGCUGCCCCUGAAGAGCUCGACCACCGACCACCACUGAGGCGCUGCCCCGCCUGAGCAUUCUCAUCCUGCUUCUGUGACUUUUUUCCUUUUAUUUUUGUGGGGGGACCUACGCCUGGUAACUGAGGUACAAACCUCUCCAAGAAGGUAACACCAAGGAGAGAUGUCGGGCAGAUGCCCUCCUGCCGGGGUCAUCUGCGGGGCAUCUCGGGCGGAGGACACCAGGACCACCGUGCUCAGAGGGCAGCCGGCACGUGACUCCUCUGACUUGCGAACUGGCCUUUCUAACAGGCUGAUCCUGCUGAGGCCUUAACGGAAACGGACAAAACCAUCCCGAAGGGGCACUGUCCCACUGUGUCUGUCUCACCAGGGUUUACAGUGGUACUACGACGGCAUCGUACUUGGGCUGUAACACCCGUGUUGCUUCGAUGUCGUUGGUUUUAAAUAGGAAGUUUUACCCAUUACUAUUGUGAACGUCCACGAGUGAACUGCUUGUAAUUAACUUCAGUUGCAGCCCCCAGCCUCAGGACAGAUGUCAAUGAGAUCACAGAGCAAGAAGUGGCAGAAAAAGUCAGAUUCUUAUUUCAAAUCUUCAUGAAUUUGGUUAAGUGGGCUAAAGUGUAUUCUUUAAGUUUAUACUAAAGGGCUUAGAUGAAUAAAUUUAACACUAAGAGGAGUAGACUGUCCCUUUUGAGAAGAGAUGCAGGUGUACAUUACAAUAAAUCUCAGAACUUCAAGUAUCAAUUCAAAAUAUGUCAAAUAAUUAAAAAUAACUUUUUUCUUCA